CAUGGAGACGUAGCUUAACCGGCGGCUAGGCUUGUGCGCUAUUUAUACCCCGCCAAAGCGCACGGAGCACUGCAUCGCAAGUUCAUCGAUCACCGGCCACUCUCUCCUUUGCUCCCCUGCUCACCGUCACCGAUCCAUCGAAGCCUCAGCUGUUACAGUACUUGCUGGCGGCCGCGAUGAGCUCGAGCUGGUGGUGGGCACGUGCGACCGGCGGCGCGCUCACGAAGCGCCAGGACGAGAACGCCGCCGCGAUCGAUCCCUCCUUCAAGAGCGUCGCCCUCGUCGUCGGAUCCACCGGCAUCGUCGGCACCUCCCUCCUCGAUAUCCUCCCGCGCCACGACACGCCUAGCGGGCCCUGGAAAGUGUACGCGGUCUCCCGCCGCCCGCUCCCGCGCUGGUCUCGGCCGCCCUCCCCGGCCGUCACGUACCUGCACCUCGACCUCGCAGAUGUCGCCGCCGUCGCCGAGGCACUAGCGCCCCUCACCGACAUUACCCACGUCUUCUACGCCGCGUGGUCCAACCACCCCACGGAGGCCGAGAACCGCGAGGCCAACUCGGCCAUGCUCCGGAGCGUCCUCUCCGUCGUCGUCGCCAGCUGCCCCGCGCUGGUCCACGUCUGCCUGCAGACCGGCCGCAAGCACUACGUCGGUCCGUUCGACGCCAUCGGCAAGAUCCCCGCCAACGACCCGCCCUACACCGAGGACAUGCCCCGGUUGGAUCAUCCCAACUUCUACUACGACCAAGAGGACGUGCUCUUCGACGAGGUCUCCCGCGGCCACGGCGCCGUCAGCUGGUCCGUCCACCGCCCCACAACCAUCUUCGGAUUCACUGCUCGCGGUGCCAUGAAUCUAGUCGGCAGCCUAUGCGUCUACGCCGCCAUCUGCCGCAAGGAGGGUGCCACACUGCGCUGGCCCGGGUCCAGGGUCGCUUGGGAGAGUUUCAGCGAUUCCUCGGAUGCAGACCUCAUCGCCGAGCACGAAAUCUGGGCCGCGCUUGACCCUCUCGCCAAGAAUGAAGCGUUCAAUUGCAGCAACGGGGAUGUGUUCAAAUGGAAGCGGCUCUGGCCGAUCCUGGCCGACCGUUUCGGGGUGGAAUGGGCUGGGUAUGAAGGAGAGGCGAGCAGGUUCAGGCUUGCUGAGGUCAUGGCGGACAAGGAGGCGGUGUGGGAGGAGAUCAUCAAGGAGAACAAGCUCAUUGUGACGAAGCUUGAGGAGGUGGCUAAUUGGUGGUUCGUCGACGCCAUGCUGGGUAUCGAGUUCGAGCAUUUGGAUAGCAUGAACAAGAGCAAGGAGCACGGAUUCCUUGGCUUCCGGAACACAGUCAACUCCUUCAAAACAUGGAUCGACAAGAUGAAGGUUUCCAAGAUUGUUCCCUGAAGAUGUCUUUGCUGGAUUGAUAGGUAGUACUGUGCUAUUGCAAAGUUCCUAGUUGUUAUGUUGACUGAUUAGCCGAGUCAAUGUCCUAGUAGAGUUUUGGUGUUUAGAUAACCAGCUGUGGGAAGUACUACUAUGUGACUAGUUAAAUGAGCCGACUACGAAUAGGCAAUCUUGUAUGGAAGUAUCAAUUGUAUUGGACAUGGUGUUUCACCUCUU